AACUCCCUUCGUCAAAAAUGUAUUAAUUUUUGUCAAUAGAAAUCUAACGAUAUCUAUAUCGUUUCGCGUUAUUCACUUCUUCGAUGCGUUUUUCGGAGUUCGAUUGCCAGUGAUUUGCUCUGGAAGCGCACAUGUUCCAAAGGCGGCUUCUCAGCGCUUCUACAAACGCGACGAAGAAAGGAAAAAACAGAGCCACGCCGACGCUAGAUCACCAUCUGCUGCGUCGCGUCGCCGUGAGAAUCGCGACCAGACGUGACGUUAUGGAAAUUAUUUAAUUCGCCGCGUUCGCGAGAGAAGGGAACCCAAGAGACGAGACGCGAUUCCGAGGAGACUCGAUUCUUGAUAUCGUUGAGAAAGUAUGCGAAUACGUACACGCGAAGACCUUCCGAUCGUCGCGUCAUCGAUAAGAGAAGAUCGCAAAUCUGGUGUCGAUCCAUCGUCUAGUUUGCCUUGGACGCGUUACAUGGACCUCCGCCAUCAGAGCGCUCGAUCCAAUCAACGAAAUUCCGAUACGAAACCGUUCGUACGACUAUGCACGAUGCGUCCUCGGGAGAAUGAGAUGACGCCGAGCGUCUACAAGAACCGCGCCAAAGAGGCUUUCGACCGCGUUGACACGGAGUCAGCAGGAUCGUUGACUAAACAGCAGUGUAAAAUAGCGACGACGGCUGUUUUCGGUUAUUGCCCGGACAAAGCAGAAAUGAAACAAAUGUUUCAAACCAUCGAUAGAAUCUCUCGGAAGGAAUUUGAACGUUGGAUAUCUCGAAAGUGUCCUGCCAAUGAUUCGCACGUUAAUAAAGAGACCUUGUUCGCUCUGUUGGAUGAAACUUGUAAAGGAUAUUUAACAUUGGAAGACUUUUGUUCUGCCAGCAAAUUCGUUGAUUUGAAUGUGUCGACGUCAGUUUGGAAAAUGGUAUUCAAGGAAAUGGAUCGUUACAAAAGAGGAUACAUCGAUUUUGAUGAAUUUUCACAUGUAUUGUCGACAGAAUAACAAUGUACGGCGAGGA